CGUUGUUGCCGCCAUAUUCAGCGAUCAGACAGUCGAAGCGCUGUACAACAACAAUCUAAUGCACUCGGCGCCAAUUAGCUUGAGUCUGGUCAUGAACUCAUUGGCCGUGGCCUUUGUCAAUCCCAAAGCUGGCAUUAAUGUGAAGCUCGAGCUGUUGCCCUUCUCCACCAUGCACACGGUCUAUAUGACCAAUGAGCUGAACUGCCUGGACUGGGUCAUUUGGCUAACGUUGAGCUUCUGUUUCUGUUAUGUUUGGUCAAUGCCGCUGCUGGACUUUGGUCUGGGUCACGGUACGGCCUACCAUCGCAUUGAGGUUAUCGGUGGCAUGCGUUUUGGUACACUCAGCGUGGCGAACUUUAUAUAUGGUGUCCUUGGGAUAAUCGCCAGCCUGAUUCCAUUGAAUGCGGUCAUUUUAUACUUUCACAAUUCACUGCCCAUGGAUAUUUAUGAUAAUUUCGCAUUUCUCUAUGUCAUACUCAUUGCGGGCGCUUGCGUUACGUCCAUCAAUAUUCUGCUCUCGUACUGGCUGGCAAAUCUGCGCGUUGGGUAUAUUGUAAUCAUAAUAUUUUACUCGAUCGGUAUCGUAUUGUAUUUGUCAAGUUACGAAUGGCAGACAAUACAAUUUCAUGGCCAUGUCGGGGAACUCAACAUAUUUCCAAUUUAUGCGAUGGUCAACAAUCUGAUGCGACUCAAUAAUAUAUCCGAAAUAAUUGAUGUGUGCGCCGAUGAGCAGACCUACAAGACCAGUGUACAUCUGGAGCAGUGUCAGAUGGUGCCAAAUUGUUGUGAGCAAGAGCGCCGAGAUGAUCCAUACUGGGAGUUUACAUGGACUGCUUAUCUAACUAUGAUAUUGAUAUGGGGAUUUAUCUACAUACGAUUUGGUCUGAGCGUGGCAAAAUUAAAGCCGCCCAGAAGUAAUGAUACCCUAAAGAAGGACAUCGACCCCGACAGUUGCUUUGACCAAAGCAUUCUUCACUUUACCAACGAGAAUGAGCCCGACAACACGUGGAUCAAGGAGAAGAUACGUGUGCGUACACUGGAGCGUCCCUUGGUUAAGACCAAGGCGCUGCAUGUCGAGAAUUUGGCAGUGUUUUUUCGAACGCAUGUAGUGCUCAAUCAUAUCAACUUCUUGGUAGAACGUUACCAAAUCAUGUCCGUGGUGGGUGUGAACGGUUCCGGUAAAACGGUGCUGAUCAAGACGAUUCUGGGCGCCUAUCCCCCCAGCGCGGGCAGCAUAAGCAGCUUUGGGAAGUACUCGUAUCAGUACAGUGAGCACGAUAACCAUAAGCUAAUUGGAUAUUGCGCACAGGACGAUACGAUCAAGGAGGCACUGACUGUUAUCGAGUAUUUGCAAAUCGUACUGAUCAUACGUGGUCUGAAGAAGGCGCAUGCCUUGGAGGAAGCGAAAAACUUAUUACAGAUAUUCGAUCUAUAUAACAGUCGAUUCCAUUUGCUGCCCCAAUGCAGUCGAGGCGUGGUGAAGCGCCUGAGCCUUGCCAUAUCACUGAUUGGUUAUGCUGGGCUCAUUCUAAUGGAUGAUCCCUUUGCCUAUCUGGAUGUGAGCAGCCAGCGCAACAUAUAUAGUUUGAUUCAAUCGCAGUGCUUCAACGGCCAGGCGGUGCUCUAUACCAGCUCGGAUCCCAAGUACUGCGACGUGGCCAACCGGACAACCCUGCUGAACCGUACGAACCUGUGCGUCAUUGGUGACCGGGAGGAUCUGCAAAUGAAGCAGCUGGACGAGUAUAUUGUUAUCAAGACACGUAUUAAAAUUGAUGAGUUUCGAAUGGAGUCUAUGGAUAAGGAUGAGGCGCGACUUUCUGAUUUGUCCAAAUAUCGGAACACCGACGAGAACAAGGAUUACUUUCAGUUCUGUUCAAUAAUUGAACAUUUCUUCCCUCAUGCGAUCAUUAAAUCCAUGACCAAUCAUAUGGCCUGUUUCUGGCUAUCGAAAAGAACGUAUAUGUCGGUGGCCCUGGAGACUUUGCUGCCAUUGGGCACCCAAGAGGCCAGCCGUGACCUGUGCAAGGGCUCAGACGAUGCGGCCGCCUGUGCUCAGGCGACCGAAGCUCUGGGCACGGGUCGCAAGGCAGCGCCCAAACGAGCCAAGUUUAAGUUCCAUAAAAUUCAGCGCAUGGACGACGACGACGAACGGCGACACUGGCGAUGA